AUGGCACAGAUCCGACAGGAGACCAACCAGGCCUCUGUGGACAGAGCCCCUGGAAAGCAGCCGUCCCCUGUGGUACUCCAGAGAGAAAGCGCUGGUAACGGACACACCUGCCACUUUUUCUGUGGGACUCCCCCGUUUCAGGGCCAACUGCAGACGUGGCUCCAUGAGGAGGGCAAUUCAACUGUUCAGGAAGGAUGUGGGGUGUCGUAUCUCCACAGGCAGCACGGGGCUGACAGCCGCCACCUACCAGGAAAGGAGCAGAAGGCACCACAGACUCAGGCCUUUGAACAGCUGAUGAACAGGGUGCAGUUCAUCAGUUCCAGCACAGUCUCCCCCAUGUCUCAAGGAGUUGGACACAAGACUGAUCAGAGUGACAGCAAGAAGCAAAUAAGCUCAUUUGAAAAAAGAAAAUGCUUUGCGCUUCCUCUCUUCCUCGGUGCUGCCUACGGAGGUGGCAGCCAUCUCUUACUCGGCACCAGGGCAGCCCUCAGACCCCUCGUGAAACCCAAGACUGUCAAAAAGAGGACCAAGAAGUUCAUUCGGCAUGAGUCUGACUGUUAUGCCAAAAUUAAGUGGAACUGGCAGAAACCCAGAGGCAUUGACAAUAGGGUAUGCAGAAGAUUCAAGGGCCAGAUAUUGAUGCCCAGCAUUGGUUAUGGGAGCAACAAGAAAACAAAGCACAUGCUGCCCACUGGCUUUGGGAAGUUCCUGGUCCACAGCGUCAAGGAGCUUGAAGUGCUGCUGGUGUGCAACAAACCCUACUGUGCCGGGAUUGCUCACAACGUCUCCUUGAAGAACCGCAAAGCCACUGUGGAAAGAGCAGCCCAGCUGGCCAUCAGAGUCACCAAUCCCAAUGCCAGGCUGCGCAGUGAAGAAAAUGAACAGACAGAUUGUGUACACAUUGUAUUUGUGUUAAUAAAAUCUUAAAAUUCUGCCAAAAAAAAAAAAAAGAAAAUGCUUUGCCUCUCCCUCCCACUAAAUAGGAGCAUGAUACUGAGAAGCUAGUUUAUCUCAGGGUUUUCUAUAGUGGUAGAUCCAGCAUUUAUAAGUUUGGAUGCAUCCAGUGUUUCUAUGCUUACGAAGAAGAGCAGUGUUAUGUGAAGUGAGAAAACUGGGGAAAAUAAGUUGCUGCUUUAUGAUCAGCCAGACCCAGCUCCUGUUUCCUUGGGUACUAAUAACACAAUUAUAGCACAUUAUUAAAUUCUACUUCAGGCAAAUAAAUUGUUGAUAAACACAGAAAGAGUCUCCAGAGGAAGAACUGCAAAUUAAGUUUCUCAUUACAGUCAAACUCUAACUCUCAUCUAAAUGUAAGGACAGUGGUUAUUCUGAUAAGAGUUCAUAUAAAUGUAUACUCCAUUCCAGGCAGACCUCGGAGACAUGCGGGUUCAGUUUCAGACCACCGCAAGGAAGUGAGCACCGCAGUGGUGAGCCGUUAUCUUCUCGCUGGUGGAGGGUCUGUCAUUCCAUUUGUAAAAAAAUGUAACAUCUGCGCAGCAC